AUGUUACGCUGGAAUAAUCACACAUUGGGUAUCUAGACUCGUAUAGUAAAUGCCAUGCCAAUGCCAAUGCGGUGUAAAUAACACACAGAAAAUGCGUAUGUCAGAUAUAGAAACAAUGCAAUCAGAGCUCGCCAUCAGUAAUAUGAAGACUGAAGGCGAGUGGUAUGGGUUAUUGCUCGCCAUGCAUGAUGCAUGAUAAAGACCAGACAGACCGUCUUUAAAAGAACAAACGGGAAAAAACCAACGCCAGGCAGAAUGCCUCCCUUUCCAUAUGGACCGUUCUAUCUAUUCUUUUGCAAACCGAAUGCUCGCUCACUCGCUGAGAAUAACGCCUGAUAAAAAUGCUUUCGUGGAAAAAUGCCGGUGCAUUAUGCCGUCCAUUCGUGUCGGUUUAGACAUGGCCCGUUCCCGGGGCCGGAAGAAAAUCGUGGUAG